AUGCGACUCAACGCCACUGCUGCUCGCACAUAUGAGGAACAGUCCUUACUGUUACAUGCAUACUUGGGUUCCUUCUUUACUACGUGUGUUUUAUGGAGGAAGCUGUGGAAUGCGGCUCUCGUCUUCACAACGCUAUGGAUUUGCUCGAAACCCUCGGAGGGAUCCGAGGUCAUGGUUGUUGGCUUCAGGGUUUGCAACCAUACCCGCCAGGAAGUCGAGAACCUCCAAGCACAACGACCACGAGAAACGUCAUCCUUGCAAGAACACACCUCUUCAAAUGCAAUACGCGAUCUCACAUUCACUCUGUCAUCUUCAUGGCUGAGCUCCUUGACCGAAGACCACAUGCCGACCACACAAAGCUCUGCGAAACCACGCGUUUGUGUUGUCGGAGCGGGGAUCAGCGGCCUUAGGGCGGCAGGUCUGCUCGCCUCAGCGGGAUGUGAGGUCAGCAUUUUCGAAGCGAGACCCCGUAUCGGCGGACGUGUUCACCAGUCUACCCAGUUGGGAGGUCUAGUGGAUAUCGGUGCCAGUUGGAUUCACGGAACGGAAGGCAACCCGUUUGUGGAACUGGCCAAGAAGUCGGGGACGGCUACGGUGGCUUGUGGCGCGGUUUACUCCAUGUUCGACAUGCAAGGCCGCUAUAUGGAAAGGACGCUCGCCAAGGACCUGUAUGAGAAAGUGUGGGCAAUACUGGAUGAGGCAUCCGAGUACAGCAAGACACGGGGUCCAAAUGUUCAUCUAGGAGCAUCACUGAAAGCUUUUGUGAGUGCGAAGCUGAACAAAAACGACGAUGAGGAGCGUUUGCUUGCAUCGGUCAUUGAGAUGUGGGGGGCAUUUAUGGGCGCAGAUUACGAAACUCAAAGUCUGAAAAACCUCUGGCUUGAUGAGAGUAUCGAUGGUGCGUCGACAUAUAAGAGACUCGUUGAGAACUUGGCUGAAGAUGCCGUAUCGCGCUCUGAUCUGCAUCUGAACACUGAAGUUAUUCAUGUCAAGAACGCGGAGAGCCUCAAGAACAAAGCCUCGGAGCACCAAGUGUGGGUGACGACAAGAGACGGGCGUACGGAUGCUUUCGACCAGGUCAUCAUCACAGCACCUCUCGGAUGGCUCAAACAUAAUCGUCAAAUCUUUUCCCCGGCGCUGCCCCCUCGACUGUCGCAGGCCAUUGAUUCCAUUGGGUACGGUAACCUCGAGAAAAUAUUCAUCCGCUUCCCGAAGGCUUUCUGGGAUGACGUCGGACGAGCACCUGGCCAAAUUACCUUCCCUAUUGAGUCACUAUUCUUGCAGCCCAAAUACGCACCCGAGACCAAUCCAAAUGAAUGGCGUCAGGAGAUUAUCUCGCUUUCCGGUCUUCCGGAACCAUACGCCCAAUCUGUUAUCAUGUUCUUCACUUACGGCGAAUGGGGCCGCCACAUAUCCAGUCUCAUCAGGGGUUACAACAAGGAAUCGUCCGAAUAUUAUGAGGUACUUGACUCCCACUUUCGGCCCUACUAUUCGCGUUUACCACAGUACAACGCUGAGUCUUCUGACUGCAAACCAAUUGGUUUCCUGUCCACAGACUGGCAGAAUGAUCAGUUUGCUGGCUUUGGGUCUUUCACAAAUUUCCCCGUUGGCCAAGGAAAUGGCGCCGAAGAUCUAGAAGCACUGAGACAAGGUAUCGGCCGAGAAAGAGGUGUUUGGUUCGCAGGAGAGCACGUGGCUCCCUACAAAGGCAUUGGCACGGUUCUGGGUGCCUAUCAGAGCGGCGAGUUUGUCACGAAAGAGAUCAUUAAGUCGCUAAAAAAGGACAAAGAGGAAGAAAAAGUCUAG